CCAAUCAUUCACAUGACGUGCCAGUUCUCCAGUCAUUCAGCCAGGCCACGCCUUUUGCGCUUGAUAUUAUUCCACUCAAGAUGGCAGCAAGUCGACGGCUGUACAAGGAACUGGAAGAAAUUAAGAAGUCUGGAAUGAGAUGUUUCCGAAAUAUAUUUGUUGAUGAUGCAAACCUACUAACAUGGCAAGGCCUACUGGUACCCGACAGCCCUCCCUAUGACAAAGGGGCAUUCAAGAUUGAGAUAAACUUUCCAGCAGAGUACCCUUUCAAACCUCCAAAAAUUACCUUUAAAACAAAGAUCUACCACCCAAACAUUGAUGAAAAGGGACAAGUGUGCCUGCCUAUCAUAAGCGCAGAGAACUGGAAACCAGCAACAAAAACUGACCAGGUGAUCCAGUCCUUAAUUACCUUGGUAAAUGAACCGGAGCCUGAACAUCCUCUAAGGGCUGACCUCGCCGAAGAAUUUUCCAAGGACCAUAAAAAGUUCAUCAGGAAUGCAGAGGAGCACACUCGUAAAUUUGGAGAGAAGAGACCAGUGUGUGAAUGAACAGAAACGACGCAUUAUGGAACGAGGGAGGGAUGGGGGUCAGUGGCUCAGAGAAAUAUGAGGAGAUCCACCACAGCCUCUGUCCAUAUUCCACCUAACUCUACACUUUUGUUGGAUGGAAUACACCUAAUGACGUGCCUGUAAAUACAUUUUCAUUUUUUUGUAUCCCUUGAGGCGUGUAUUCUUCUUAGCUACCACUGCAAGAUCGUAUACGGCUAAGCUGUUCUCACAGGCUCAAAAACCGCAUCUUUGGGAUGCUAGCAAAUAGGAAGAAUCUCAUGGCAGAUGAGAACGAGGGAUGGAAAGUUUUCAUCUUUAGCACACAGUUGCCUUUUUUUUUUUCUUUAAUAGCUGUAUUAGAGCAUCAGAGUGCCUGAAUUUAGUGCUGAUUUUCACCAAGUCUAUUUUGCACCACAGCUAACGGUAGAAAGGGGACAUGGCAUUAAAAAGGAAAAGACUCCAUAUCCCCUAGUUACACUUUCAAGGUUGUAAGGUUCAGCUUCUGGUCAGCCUGCUGAAGAGUCUAUCAUAGAUCCGAAUGGGAGAAAACAAAGCCGGGUGUUCUCCUGGAGAAUUGUCAUUUCGUUAGCAAAGAGAAAGCCCUGCAAACCACUUCUGGGAGCAUCCACCACAAUGUGUGCCAACUCCCGCUUGUUGGAUUGCCAGACUGCUACCCACCUUAAUUUUAUGAACUCUAUUGACACUGCUGUUUUUUCCUUUUUUUUUUUAAUUCUUCUCUCCAGCUCCAAAAAUAAAAGUGUUUAUGAACCUCGUUAAGUACGCUGCAUCCUUAAAGACCGAAAACAAAAUGGUGUGAAGGAUACGGAUUUUGCACAAAUGCUGUACCACCAAAUAUUUAACUAUUUUUUAUUUUCACAAAUCUAUAGCUGGAACCCUUAGAUCUGGCAUAUUAGGAAGGCACAAACCUGUUCAUAGUUCUCCAUGGCUGAAGACUUGAGCUCACUGUGUGUUCAGGAAGCAUUCACACCCCACCUGCCAACUGUUACCACCAUUUUCUGUAUUACAACUAAAACUUAGAAGACACUUUUUAUUUUAAGUGAUAGACGUGAAAGACACUAUAUAAUAGAAAGAGUGAGACGCACAAUAUGACAGAUACAGCGCCCUCCACAAUUAUUGGCACCGCUGAUUAAGAUGUGUUCUUAAGCUUCUAAUAAAUUCUUUUUUUUCCCCAAAAAAGAGGAAAAUCCAACCUUUAACUGAAGUACAAUUAUUCAUUGGGG